AUGAAUAACAAGAAUUGGAAUGACCGCGCCGACAAGGACCUGUUCUUUACCAUAUUGACGGUCAAGAACAUUGGCGUCAUCAGCGGCGCCGAAUGGACCAUGAUUGGUAACUACAUGCGUAGCAUGGGAUAUGGCUUCACAAACGAGGGAUGUCGGCAACACUUUCAGGGCCUGCGCCGCGCCACCAAUAAGAUCGAGGCGAUGCCGCCCCCGGCCGACCUAGCCCUCCGGCGGGUCGAUCCGAGCCUGAACCCCAUCACACGGCGACCCGGGCCUGGACGCGGCCGGCCUCGAAAGUCCCAGUCCGCCGGCCCCGCCGCGGAUGCUGAGAGCUCCACCGAUCCGGCAUCCUCGGUGGCCGGCAACGUGGGCGAGGCGCUAGAUCCCAGCCUGACCGCGUCGUCACCUGGCAUGGCCCCGACGCUUCAUCAUCACCAACACCACCCCCAGGCGCACCUCCAACACCACCACCCGCAUAUCCAGUCGAUGGAGACGGAUGACGGGAGUGGUGGCGGCUCCGGCCAUCAGCUCGCCAUGGAGGACGAGCAGGCUCUCGCGGCCUCGGCUGGCACUCCAUUUACGGGCGCCGUCGCGCACGAGGCGGCAACGGACGAGCAUCCGUCGAAACGGCCCAGGCUCGACAGCGACGCCAUGGACCACGAGUCUUCCCUCGACGACGAGGCCGUCCUGGCACUCGCCGCACAUAACGGCACGACGCCUGCUGACUACGCAGAGUAA